AUGCUAUACUACAAGGGCGUUCCAAUGGAGUGGUGGGCUGAAGCAGUUAGUACUGCGGUAUAUCUAAUCAACCGUUCCACGAACACGCACAACGCAACCGUAACACCGUUUGAGCUAGGUUUCAAAGUGAAACCUACGCUAGAUCACCUACGCGUAUUUGGUUCUCGCGGGUACGCUCACAUUGACGAAGCGAAGAGGACGAAGCUUAAACCUAAGAUCUUUAGAUGUCUGCUGCUCGGAUACCCAGAAAACGUCAAGGGUUACCGUGUCUAUGACUUGGACGCUUCCAAGGUCAAAGUUUCUCGCUCGGUGAAAUUGGACGAGCGUGAGGUAGAUGGUAUUUACGAUACACUACCUGCUCAGAUCAAAACAGUUAUUCAUGUUAGCACAGACGCCGAUGAUAAAGUCACGCUCGCACCAGUGGAAAUUCAACCCGUCGAAGCGGAACCCAUGGAAGGCGUUGAGAACGACGCACCGGAUGUAGAGAUGGAGAGCAUGCUCCCGAUACAGGACGCUAUACCGCCGCUGCUGAUGCCACAAGAACGGUCAGCUCCCACUGGAUUUGAGUUGGAACCGUACCGUGGACCACCGACUAUCUUCGAGGACGAUCAAGUGGUGUUCCAUACCCCUAGAGACCGUUUUAGAAGUUCCCGGGAACCAGUCUUCCUUCUUGAAGAGGGAACGGACGCAGAGGACGAACGGAAGUCGGAAGGAAGAGAUGGACCGUCCUAUCCGAAGCGUGCCAGGAUCUAUGAAGACGGCCUUAUUGCUGAAGCCGUCCUCGCGUACGCAGCAAGCAUUGACACAGUGGAUCUUCCUACAACAUACGCUCAGGCAAUUGCCAGUGAAGAUUCAACACAGUGGCCGUAUGUGGACACCAAACAUCAAUUGGCCGACAUACUGACCAAGGCGCUAGGAUCCAAGACGUUCAAGUUCCUGCGCGAUGCAAACAGUAUCAAGUGCAAAGAAACCAAGCAGUAG